CACAAUCCAAGAUGUGGGACCUCUAGUCGAUUUUGACCUUUAGCUUCUUUAGAUCAUUUUUCUCACGAUUAUGUAGUUUUGUUCGAAUACUAUUUAUAAAAUACACUUAAAAAUGGCUGUUUUAGCUCGGUCUUUGAGAGGCAGUAGCAUUAUAACGAAUAUUUAUGGCGCCCUAUCGCGGGAGAAAUGUUACCCUGUUGUUCUGGCUUCGGUACGUUCUCCAAGAUGGCAACAGAAAAGGUUUAUGUCUAACCCUUUGCAAGGAAAGACAGUUCGUAUAGGCUGUGCUUCUGGAUUUUGGGGAGAUUCAAUUACGGCAGCACCCCUGCUUGUUUCUGAGGGUAAUAUAGAUUAUCUUGUGUCUGAUUACUUGUCGGAAAUCACAAUGUCUCUUCUUACUGAAGCUAAGAGAAGAACUCCGACCAUGGGGUAUGCACCUGACUUCAUACUUGCUGUGAUAACACCACUUAUCAAAAAAAUCAAAGAAAAAGGUAUUCGUUUGGUUAGCAAUGCAGGCGGAAUCAAUCCACAUGAGUGUGCCAAAGCUUUGAUUGCUGCUGCAAAAGAAAAAGGUGUAACUGACUUGAAAGUUGCCGUGGUCACUGGAGAUGAUCUUAUGGGGGACAUUGAACAAAUAAGGCAGACUGGCAUUAAAGAGAUGACAAGUGGUCAAGACUUCCCAGGCAGUGUUGUCAGCAUGAAUGCGUAUAUAGGAGCCCUUCCCAUUGCCAGGGCUUUGGAGCUUGGUGCCGAUGUAGUUGUGACUGGACGAUGUGUUGACAGUGCUUUGGCUCUUGGACCUCUUAUCUAUGAGUUUGGAUGGAAGCCAAAUGAUUAUGAUUUACUCGCAUCUGGAAGUUUGGUGGGUCAUUUAAUUGAGUGUGGGGCCCAGUGCACCGGAGGAAUCUUCACUGACUGGCAGACUGUGCAUAACUGGGACAUUAUUGGUUAUCCCAUAGCUGAGUGUGCUGCAGAUGGGAAGUUUAUUAUUUCAAAGCCUCCCAAAACUGGUGGCUUGGUUUCUCCAGCUACUGUAGCUGAACAGCUGGUUUAUGAGCUUGGAGACCCAGCCCAAUACAUUCUCCCAGAUGUGACUUGUGACUUUACGCAAGUCAGACUUCAAGGACUAAUUGGUUAUGAUGGUGGAGCAGUUCUUGUUCAGGGUGCAGGUGGCAAACCAGCCUCAGAUUCGUACAAGGUGUGUGCAACGUAUACAGACGGUUUUCGUGCCACCGCUGUUUGCCCUGUUGGAGGGCCGUUUGCUUCACUUAAAGCUAAGAAAACUGGCGAAGCCCUCUUGAAACGGACAAGAAGAAUGUUUGAACAAUUAAAGCUGGGUGACUACACACGAACUCAUAUUCAGGUUUUGGGCUCAGAGGAGACCUAUGGAAAACAUGCCUUUCCAGGGAUCAUGACAGCGAAUCCCAGGGAAGCGGUUUUAUGGCUGGCAGUUCACCACCAGCAGAAGAAGGCCGUGGAAUUGUUUGCGUUGGAAGUUGCUUCUGCUGGAACUAGUAUGGCCCCUGGAUUGACUGCCAUCGUUGGAGGAAGACCUAGAGCCUCUCCGUUGCUGAGACUGUAUUCUUUCUUGUAUCCUAAAGACAAGGUUAAGGUUGAUAUCUUUAUGAAUGGUGAGCAUGUGGAAACAGUGUCUCCCUCAGUACAAGAUGAGCCAGAGACAGAACGUGACAGAGAGUUACCAUCACAUGAUGCGAUGCCAAAAAUUCGAAUGCUUAAGGGCCGUUGUACAUUUCCACUUAGCUCUUUAGCACUGACGAGGAGUGGUGAUAAAGGAAACAACGUCAAUAUAGGUGUAAUUGCUCGCCACCCUUCCUAUGUUCCCUUCAUACGAGCGGCACUGACCGAGGAAAGUGUCGAGAAGUAUUUUAGGCACUUGUUUCCUACUCCUCCAGAGGAAGUGCAUUGUAAAGUUAAAAGAUAUGAACUUCCAGGGAUCAACGCAUUUAACUUUGUCUUAGAAAAUGCUUUAGGAGGCGGUGGGGUGGCAUCAUUACGAAGCGACCCACAGGGAAAAGCUCUUGGUCAGAUGCUUCUAGACUUCAAGAUAAAGAAUGUUCCUGAUAUUUUACCAUCUGUUAUUGAACCCAGCCUUUGAGGACUAAGCUUAAACUUGGUUUUUUACCAGCGACACAACAUUCUGAUCGCUCAGGCUUGUUUUAAUGGAAACACUAAUUACGGUUGACAAACUCAAAAAUAAUCAUUCUUACUGAUUUGGUUUUGUCUGUGACUAUCUUGUUGUCAAGGCGGGAAGGUAAAGGUUACGUAUGAAGACACGAUCAUAAUGACGUAUUUUAUGUUAAAUGUAUCCUAACCCAUCAACGUCCUAAGUUUUGUAACAUUUUCGUAACAGCUUUUAACAACCAUAAUGGCGUCCUUAUCGUUCGAGGAGCAUAACCAAUCCCGUUAUAUCCUUCUUCCACAUCGUAACACCGCUAUAAUCUUGAAAAUCGCUAAUACAUUGCUACUGCGAACCGAGAAAAUGCAAAUAUUAUUAAACAUAACGCAAUGCAAAACUAAUUAGUUAUAUCUAAGAUAUCUUGCGAGUUUUUUUUAGUUUUAACUAAGGCAGAAUUUCCUUGGAUGCCUUAUGGAGAGUUUUACAUUUGCGUAGACGGUUGCAUACGGGCUUGACGAUUAAGAUGGAAAUCAGUGAAUUUUCAUACAUCUGGCCAUGAUUACACACGAAUCGUUUGUUUCGCGAAACUCGAAAAUUAAACAGAUAAUCGGAUAAUAGUUUCAGUGGCCAGAUUAUUUCCAAAUAAGGGACACUAGUGAUCAAUACAUACAUUGCUGGCGUUGCGCUAUUGCGUACAUUUUUAGGCGUCUUGGCAUAUAUGAUGAUCACUGCCGUACUUUCAUGAGUAUAGAACUUCGCUGCGCUCGUGGCGAGCUCCGCUUAUAAGUUUUGUUAGACAAAAUUUUGCAUAAGGAUGGCACAAAUAGCUAUCUAAGUAAGGUAUAGUUAGGGGUAAUUUGACCCCUUAUAUUGUGAGCACUACUUGUCUGAUACUUGACAUGUUACGGAAUUCCAAGGACAUAUGGCCUUUUAGUGUUUCAGUUUCAAACUGCACUAUGGAGUUUUUGACCAUAGGUCAUGCUUUGAAAAUUACAAGUUAAAUGAUUUUUUAAUAACCAGGAUUACCAGUCUUUUCUAGUUACGUUAAAUGUUGCCCUCACUUCAUUUUGUUAGGAAUACAGCUUUGCCUUUUACCUAAUGAGCUUGAAUGCGAUCAAUAACUGAGUUCUUUCGCUCCCAAUAACUUAUUAGUCUGCCAUACAAUUCUUAUGAUAUAAGUUCAGAGAAUUUGGAGCUGGAACAACUAAUAAUCCCCUAUUUGACAUUUUUCUUUAUUCUCAUCACUUGCUGCUUUAUAUUCUAUUGAUAUUGUAAGGAGAAAUUCUCUCUUGGUCACUCAUGGAAGUCGAAGGACUGAGAAAGGAUUAUACGGCCUUUGGGAUUGUGGUUGUCUGAAUCGUCAAAGAUGAUGAGGUUAAUGACAGUGACAGGUUCCCUAUACCCAUUUGCAAAAUACAGUCACGUAAAGUAUUUGGCCUUUUCUUGUAUCACUUACAAUAUCCAAAACUCUUUCACGUCCACGCAAAAUUCGAGACAAUCAUGUUGAAUUAACAUUUCUACUUUUCAAGUUUUAGUCUUGACAAGUCUUACGCGACGAAAGAUAGCGUGAUGUCUUAUUUUUUUUGUGUAAGAACCAUAAGUGGUCUGUUAUAUGACUUUUAUCGAUCUAUAUCAAGUCCAACUCCUGUGAAAAUCCCAAUCAGAACCUAACCACAGCCGUUCGAGAACGAUACAUACAUUUCCAAAACAACAAAGUAGCCGGAAAUUCAUCACGCAAAACAUAAUGGUUCACGAAUCACGUUUAACUCAACUCUUAGUGCACGGGUCACGUUUAAAUAAAACAAAUUCGUUCACGCGGACAUAAAAAGAUCUCAUCUUCAAUCACGAAUUAAAAAAAAAGUCAAAUCACGAUUCACAAGAAAAACCAAUCGCCCAAUCACGCUUCACGUUAAAAGUAUAGGGAACCCUCUGUCAAUGCAUCUGCUUAGAUGUUUUGUGGCGAAAUUUUGGUCGUUUUCUUCAGAAAAGUCAGUCAUAAAAUUCAACAUUCAGCCUGGAUUCGAAGUGAAAAUCAGCAUUAAAACCAAACAAUAACUAAUAGGAUAUAUAUUUUCUCAAUAUGUGUACAGAUGUGUAAACAGUGUUUGUAGAAAUUUGUCGAAGCGCUAAGAUCUCUCAGCAGAUAAUGCUUGCGACAAAAACUGCAUGUGCUUCUUAGUAUUUCAGCAGGUUCGAAAUAAAAGGGAAGUGAUGGUG